GGGGGGGCGGGGGGGGUCUGGUCCUCACACACGCCCUGACAGCGUGGUGUGUUCGCGGUCAGGCAGCAGACUCAGGAGGCUCUGGAACGAGGAGGAGGAUGAGGUGAUGCUAUCUGUAGCUGGCCCCUGUUCCUCAUCUGAAGUGAUUUGUUAUUCCGCUUGUAAAGCCAGGAGCGUGCCGGCGGUGGUGGCGGAGGGAGGAAAUGCGAUGUCAUUUGAGGAAGAACGCUGUUUUAGCAGUGCUCCUAUUAGCUGGGGGAUUGUACUUCAUUAGCCACUCAAGCGUCCUCGUAGCAGGCCCGGCAAGGUCAAGCGAACACACUCCAAAUGAAUUAUCUUGGCAGGCAGAGAGGUUGGUCACAAAGGAGUCCUGGGUUGAUCAGGGAGAUUACCUGCCUCUCAAUGUGUCCUAUCAGCUGCUUGCUGGAGCACCAUCUUUUCAACAGAACUCUGAUUCUCCUACAGGUUUAAAGAGGAACUACAAUGAUUCUCCGCAGAGGGUAUCAUUCCGCUCCAAGCAGAACAUGGAUUACUCCUUCCUCAUCCACUACAGUGCCAGUCUUGCCCAGUACUACCUCCAGCUUGAGGAUGAUGUCUCCUCUGCCAAGAACUUCCUCACCACCAUCAGGAGGCAUGUUAAGGGGCAAGAGGCAAAGAAGAUCACUUGGGCAAUGCUGGAAUUCUCAUCCCUAGGCUACAUCGGGAAACUCUACAAAUCUGUCCAUCUUCCUCUCCUGGUCCGUUUCCUCUUCCUCUUCUACCAGGAAAUGCCCUGUGACUGGUUGAUGUCUCACUUUCGAGAGCUGCUGACUCAAAAGGAGAGGAUCCUCCUCAAACCAUCGCUGUUUCAACAUGUGGGCACUUUCUCCUCGUUCGAAGGGACAUACAACAAGCUAAAGGACAAGGACUUUGAGGAGGAGUUCUACAACAACCCUGCAGCUGAAGUUUACUCUGAUAUGUCCGCCUACAAGAAUCAUGUCCCCAAACAUGCCUGGGAAGCAGGGGAGGAAUUCUUCUGGGGGCGUGCCCUCGAAAAAGAUAAUUACCUGACUGUGGUGUUAGCAGUUCCUGCAGUGGUGACAGAGAUAUUUGUAGAAACGGGGUCAGAAGGUAAAGACCUCCUGGAGUCCGCUCAGGUGGAGUUGGGCCAUGAUGUGGUUACCAUCAAGAAUGGUGAGAAGAAUUGUACCGAUCUCCAGUCAGUGGGGACAGUAGUGAAUGGGAGGUUUGAGAUGCAUGAGGUAAACAAAAAGUAUAACUCUGCUUCGUCCUGUCUGAGGAUACAAGUCACAGCUGCACAGAAGGACUGGGUGAUCAUCAAGAAAAUCCGCAUAGCAACAAAACUGAGCACACCUCAACAACAAGCAGGGGUGUGACUCUCUAUUCCUGUCAGACUUUUUUACCUGCCCAGUCUUGUAUGCAGACUGAACUUGUGACUGUUGUGUGUAAUUGAACUGGUGAAACAACAAUUUAAUUGCAAAGCUACCGUUAAUAGGAAGAAACUCUGUGAUGUGUCUCUUGAACAUAAUGAAGAGCAUUAGUAAAAGAACAUAUCCACGAUAAGAAAGCUUCUCCAUGUGUAAAGAUAUUUUUAUUCUUUUAAGUCCAGACUUUAUACCUCAGACUGCCUUAAAGACAACCACACUUCAGAUGUGGCUAUUGUGUAUUGUCUAUUGUUUAUCAGUUUUAAGGUGUGGAGGAAGGAGGAAAUGAAAUUCAUGUGGUUAUUGUAAACAAUACUUGGGCGUGCUAUUACAACAUAAAAUAAUUUACUUUAAA